CCGACGGCACACAGUCCUUGCCGGACAAGCACCAGAACCGCCGUCAUGGGUUCGCAGGCCAAGGACCCAAAUGAGCUGACAGUGCUUGUCACUGGCUUCGGCCCCUUCCGGGAGGGGUAUCCCAUCAAUCCAUCAUGGGAGAUCGCCAAGGGCCUCCCGGAGCACCUCCCGCCGCUGCCCGUCAAGGACCCCAGCUCCCGAAACACCAUUGCUAUUCCACCUGUCCGCAUCCUCGUCCACCCCGAGCCCAUCCGCGUCAGCUACAAGGUUGUGCGCGAAGUCGUCCCGACCCUUUGGGAUGGGUCCAAGGGCCUCAAGAUCGACUUCGCGAUACACAUCGGCAUGGCUGGUCCGCAGCCCGUGUACAAGGUGGAGAGGCGUGGGCAUCGAACCGGGUACAAGUCGCCCGACGUGGAUGGCGAGAAGCUCGAGGACGAAGGAGAGGGCGGGCAUGGCGAGGAUUGGAUUUGGCACGGGCUGCCGGACGAGAUCGCGACGGAACUGGACCUGGAUGAUGUUCUGGAGCGGUGGCAGGGCCAUAGUUUGAAGGACAUGGAUCUGCGCGUCUCCGAGGACGCGGGCCAUUUCCUCUGCGACUUCAUAUACUACUCGAGCCUGGCGACGCUACUGAAGGAGGACCGGCCUCGGAACGUGGCAUUCCUCCACGUCCCGGCCAACGCAUCGGACAAGAACAUCAUCCAGGGCCGGGGCAUUGCCCUUAAUUUGAUCCGAGGCAUCGCCGAGAGUCAGACGGCGAGGAGAGCGGCCGCGGAGCGGGCAUAGCCCCGAGUAACACGUUCACGGGGACAAGGGUCUGACUGGCGAGGAUCCCAAGGGUCUCUCUCCGGAGCCCUUGGCUCACGGCCAGCGACGGGGAACAUUGCGCAGCCGCAUGAAUGGAAUUAGGCUUUUACCGCAUUCAAUAAUUCGGAUGACAAGAGAAGAAACAUCCCAUUGUAAGGCGGGUGGCGACAAGCUGAGCCCUUACUAGGAAAGGAAACGAGGGGCAGGUACAGAUAGCUACAUCCAUUGCACAAGGUGCAAAUUAGCUUGAAUUACAGAUUUGACGCAUAA